ACUAAGGAAAGGAAUAUUCGCAUAACCUACAAUUCCCAGUGGAAUGCUUUCACCAUUCAUAGCAGUAUACUUUACUUUGAACAUAAAAACAAUUGGCCCAGUACAAAUUAGCCCAACGACAAAGAUCAUACGCCUGCUUAACCUGUCUAAUUUAGUAACCGCGGUCCUAAACAGCCGGAGCCAUUAAUCAUCAAAUAAUAAUACUACAAUUUGAUCGCCGCAAUUAGUUUUCGUUGCUCCAUGAUGGAUGAGGAGGCUAGGAUCAUAUGGUGCGGUAAUUUAAGCAGUAGAUGCAAUGAAGAAAUACUUUAUGAAUUAUUUUUACAGGCUGGGCCAGUGGAGAAAGUGAACAUUCCCAAGGAUCGCGAUGGUAACCAAAAAAAUUUUGGUUUUGUUACAUUCAGACAUCCAGUAUCGGUCCCCUACGCUCUGGGCUUGUUCGAAGGAACAUCGAUUUAUAAUCGUCCUCUGACAAUUAAGGCGAGACAAUCAUCACCAGACCAGCCCCUGGGCUUCACUUCUCGCAAAACGCAUAACUCCAACAUGAACGAAAUGGCUGUAUUUGGUAAUCAAGUAUUGAUGGGGUAUCAGAUGCCCCAAGUGGGAUACAAUAUGAUGUCAAUGUUUGCCCCACCUGGUAUAAUGGCAUAUCCCAGUCAAAAUCAUAUGAAUUCGUAUUCCUACGGAAAAGAAGACGGAUAUUUCAACAGGAAUCAUCCCUAUGCCCGUGAUCAAGAAAAUAACAGGGAUAGAGAUCACAGAAGGGAUUUUGAUCGUUAUGAUAAUAAGGGAGAACGUAAUCAUCGUGGGCGUGAGCAUCAGAGAAACUCUAGGAGUCAUCGGUCGAAUGAUAACAGAAGUGUCAGAAAUCAUCGAUGAAUUUCAAGUUCAUUUUUAAGCCAUCAGCUAUGAACUUUUUAUAACCCUCACACUGGUUAGGAAAUCGUAUAUUCUGACCCUAGGCCGUGAGGAAAUGUUCUGCCUCAUAUGAUUACAGAAUUCACCUUCAGCUUGUACUAUAACCCCAUGUUUGUCAGCAAAGUUCCUCACGACCGUGUAUCGAACGAUAUUUUUAGUCAUUCAAACCGUGAGCGAUGAUUCACGGGAGUGUCCGUGGGACAACGCUUUACGGACUGGAGGAUAAAAAUUCAGUUUCAUCAUACGGUCUGUAAAAAGUAUUGUUUGUCACUAGGCCGAAAGAAACUUUUUGUCACUCCGGCCGUAAGGCAGCGCUUCACCGACGCGUAGCGUACAACCAUUAUGAUUAAAAAUAUCUUUCGUCCACGGCCUAAAAAUACUUUUCUUGCUCAUAUGAUUGCAACCCUCGCCUUUGGGCCGGGCAGUACACUCAUAUUCGCUACUAAAGUUUUUUUCGACCUAAUGAUGAAAUAUACGAUUUCUGGCGACUAUGAGCUAGAAAAAGUCAAUCAUAUGAGGUAGAAUAGUAUAUUUCGAUACAAGUGAGAUCUAUAAUACAGUUUAAUACAAGUGAGCCCUCGGCUUUGCCUCGGGCCGCCAACACUUGUAAAAAUUCCCGUCUCACAUAUGUCGACCAAUAUUUUUCGACAUUGAUGUUACUUUCAGUGGCCAAACUGUGCUCUUUUCGUUUACAAGUAAAUAAAAAGGCACGUUUAGGCACGAAGUGACCGGUAGCAGCAAUGUUAAAUUUUUUUUUCGGCUAUGUGACGAACUAUAUUUCUUGUCUGUAGGCAGAGAUUCACCGACGUGCAGCGCUUCACAGGCACGCUGCAACCUCAUAUUCGCCAGAAUAGUUCCUGUCGGCUCAGUAACGAGAUAUACUACUUAGUCACAACGCCUAAGAUAUGAACGAAUUCGACAAUUCUGUACAUAAAAAAUUGCCUUAAAAUUUUAAACUUUUUUUGAAAUUUUUAUUUGAAAAAUAGAAUCCAAAAGAAGAAAAAUGAGCGCAACCGGAGCUCUGUAACUCAAUGACUGGCGGAGAUAUUGAAGAUUGGAUUUGUUUCAAUCUAAAACCUUUUUUUUUCAAUUCGAA